AUGUUUCCGAUUGUGGGUCUCCGCUACCGCUGCCUCUCCUGCUUCAACCUGGAUCUCUGCCAAAACUGUUUCUUCAGUCAGCGAACCGCGAAACGGCACAAAUUGAAGCAUCCGAUGCAGGAGUACUCGGGAAAGACCACUUCAUCGGAUGACGCUCGCGAUUUCGCAAAAAUGAUCCGCAACAAGUUGAGAUCGUCGCGACGACAACUCGCGUAUUUGCCGAUUGAUGUGAGUAACAACCGGUGAACUGCGAAAUGAUUUCAAUUUUUGCAGGUGGCCGAGGAGGGAAUUCCGCUGACGUGUCCGCCGGCGAAGGUGACGAAUCAGGCGACGGAGCAGCUGAACGCGGACACCGCCCAAAUGACGGCUCAUCUCGCGAAACUGAGCACGCAGCACGGCGGAGCAACUGGCGAACACAUGGAACCGGUGCAGAGCCCGCUUCAGAUCAUCAAUCAGGUAUGAGAACGUCGAGUUUAGUCAUACAAUAUCCAAAAGCAAAAAAGUUUCUUGAAAAUUAAACGCUCAACUUUGAAUAGAUAUUGUAGCGUUAGACGGUGUGCUAUGAGUCUAGAAAAUGUUUUGUGAACUCUUGACAUCUGGUACUUGAUUUUUGUACCUGACAACUUUUUUCGACGACCACUUCCUGGAGUACUGUAGCCACUAGAAGUUAGGACUUGCUCGAGCUAUGUGAAAUGUGAUCCUAAAUUCAAAGAGCUACAGUACUCCAGGGAAUAGUCGUCGAAAAAAGUGGUGAAUUACAAAAUUGUAGUACUAGACAUGAACUUUAUUUUUUUAGUUGACAACUUUUAAGUACCAUUACUUCUAAGCGUACUGUAGCUCUUCAAAGUUUGCAAUCAAAUUCAUGUGGCUUCAAUUAACAAGUCCAAACUUCCAAGCGCUACACUACCCCAAAAAGUGACCGUACAAAAAUGAUGUCGACUAAAAAAAUGGAGUAGCAAUUACAAAGUUGUUCAGCAUAAAAUUUCCAACAAUUUUGACGUUGACCACUUUUGGAAAUAAUCAUCGGUCGUCGAGAUGUAGUCAAAUCAGAUCACACCCUCCUCUUUUCUCAAUUAUAUUAUACAUUUCGCCCGUUUCCACACCCAACCUAAAUAGUAUUGGGAAACGGGAAACCGAGAUCAUCAUCUCCGAGUCGUUUUUCACUUUUUCUCAGUGAUUAGAGAACAAAAAUGAGCGCAGAGACGCAGACAUUUCCCUCUCUCUUUCUCUUUCUCUCUCUCUUUCUCUUCUUCUCCCAAUCGACGACAGUUUUCUCAACACUCGCACACAAAUAUUGUCGACUUACAAAACUGUUCACAAUGUGUAGUAUUAUUAAAUUGCUGAGAAACAACCGCAAAAAGUAUUACGGUAGUAGUAGUAGUUGUACAAUAGCCGGAAUUGCGGAUGAUACGACCGACCGGUAUCUCAAGUGCGAAGAGUGUAAAUGCUCAAGACACUGGGUAUGGCCUUGCGAUUUUUCGUGCUCUAAAGAAAACAACCGCUCAUUCUUCGAUCCUUUUUGCAGGUGGAACAAUUGCAACGCGAUGAAAUGGACCAAAUGUUGCAUCGGUUGCAAGUCGAGAAUAAGCAGUUGCGCAAAGAGUUGGAGUGGAAACGUGGCGCCGUCAGCACGCUCGAAAUUGACAGGUUCGGAGGGGACGACUGAAAGAAAAUGUGGUCAUACAUUUUCAGAAGCUCAAAAGCUCGUCACCACGAUCGGCGAAGUGAGAGCCGCGGUGGGACUCUUCCGCUGCGCAACGGAAGGAGUGUCGUCUCGCUGAAAAGCACGCAGAGCCAGAAUGAUGUGAGACAGGGCGCUGCGAUUUGAAGCCUAACCGGAUUAUGAUUCAGGUGAUGGACGAAGCGAAGGCGUUGCGACAGCACAAACAACGGCUCGAGCACCGUUCGCGAAUACUCGAGCAGCAAAACGAGCAGUUGGAGAUGCAGUUGCAGCGCCUCAAAAAGGUCAUCGACGCGGUGAGUCGUUUUGCGCGUCGUUGAAACUUUUCGAGAUUCCCUAGCUGACCGAAACACAUGGAGUGUUUAUGGGGGGACCAUUUGACCAGACUGCACAACUUUAACAGGGGACAACAUUUGGCCUAUUUCACACGCAAGUGCGCCCCGCCAAAUAGAGCGAUACAUUGGCGCGAAAUUCAAAUUUUAACAGCAAAAUUUGUGUUUUUCGCCAGAUUAGCCACGAAAAACCGAUAAUUUCUCAUUUUUCUCUCGAUAGACCGAUUCGAUAGGCUAUUACGAAUUUUUUAAGCGCAAGAACGCUAAAUUUGGUCAAGUCGCAAAUCACAUUUAUCCGUUUGAAGGUUUUUCGCUAAAACUGCGUGAAUUUCAGUUGCUUUUCGGUAAUGUUCGCGGUUCGAGCGUUCAAAAUGCUUGUAUUUAUGUGAUUUAUCAUUCUCAAAACCAAUGCUGUCGCAAAACGGCCGAGAAAGCGCAAAAUGAGAAGGCGAAAAAGCAAAGUCCGUGAAAAAUGCGCCAAAACGUCAUUAAUUCUGAGAAUUAGUGUGUUUUCAUGUCGAAAAAUCAUUUUUCAUCGCCUUCGACGACAAAAAUCAGAGAAAACGUGCUCAAUUCAUGAAAACGCCAUUGGGCCGCCGAGGCCACGCCCAUAUUGUCAGCUCUGGAGACCGUGCUGGAGCAAAGCGACAAAUUUUCGGGUAAAAUGAUCAAGGCCGCUUAGCAUUAUGACUGAUUUGCCGGCGAGCGUCCAGCCGGGGAACUAUUCCCAGCAAAGGAAGCUUCCGUUUCCGUCCUUCGCCACGGGGAGGCUUAGUCAUUGAAGGACAUCAGGAGAAUCUGCAGCUACUUGCCCCAACACACACACACACACACACAAAAGAAAAAGAGCAUUAUUUCACGGAUGCCUGUGCCGGAUUCAUUUUAGAUAAGCGCCCUGCGCCCUAGUUUAGAUUAGUUUACCGCCCGACGCCCCUCUCAAACACACGUCUGAACAAGGCUCCUGCGACGAGGUCAGUAUCGGUGGGGAGCGCACUUGCAACCUUCACGAUCGGCGCCUUUUCGAAUCAACUACCGGAAAAACUGGGUCGUUUUUUCGCAAACUUUUCUACAUAUUUGAGAGUUGACGAAUUUUCAAGCGAAUAAUCUCAUGCUUUCUCUUGCAGCAAAAGCAGUCGGCGCCGGUCCCGACGGCCACCACCAACUCGCUGGCGCGAGGCGGCGGUCCCGACGCGUGGACGCCCGAAAGAGCUCUUUCGUCGGCGCGGUCCGGCUCGCUCGUCGCCGGCGAUACGAUCCACGCGAAUCCGAUGGCCGUGGACGAGGAGGAUUGCGACGAUCGGCCACGUGGCAGUUCGGUCGGCCAGAUGCAGAACCUGAUGAACGCGUGCGACGAUUUGGGCCGCGCCAUGGAAUCGCUCGUCGUUUCCGUCGUUUACGAUUCCGACGAGAACGACGACUAA